GUUUAAAUAUGCGCGCCUCCCCCGCAGCCGCUCUGUGCUGGCGGCCCUGCCAAGUCAGUUUGAAAAGAUCAGACAAAGGCAGCAGGAAGCCCCUCGGCUUGGCAAUGAGUGCGAGCGGAGCACAAACGCGAAACGAAACCUCACUCUUUUAUCUGAUAGCGGACUGAAUUUAUUUUCUCCCGAGGUUUGUGGCAGUUUUAGACAUCUUUUGAAAAUGUACGACCGUCUGGAUCCCCGGGUCGAGCGAAGACUAUUAUCAAAGCGCCAAACGGGCAGCAGCGCUGCCUGACCGCCGAUCGCUGUCGGUCUGAAUCGGAUCAAGCGUCUUUUGGGGGCAUUUUUUUUGCUUUUGAAUCCUUCCUACGCCGCUGAAAGGAUCACUCGGGACGGGGAGUUGACGAUUCACACAGUUAAAUGCAAACGGAAAAGCUUGAGGAGCUUUCUAAAAGCCUUUUUUUCUCCUGAGGGGACUACGAGCCGCGACGGUGACCGUUGGUGGGGGUUUACCGCCGUUUGUUUUCUUGAGCGCGUUUGGAAGAUGGAGACGCACAUCUCGUGUCUCUUCCCGGAGAUUUUAGCCAUGAUUUUCAGCUACUUGGACGUGAGGGACCAAGGCAGAGUGGCCCAGGUCUGCACGGCGUGGAGGGACGCAUCCUACCACAAGUCCGUGUGGAGGGGGGUGGAAGCCAAGCUGCAUUUGAGGCGAGCGAAUCCGUCCCUGUUCCCCAGCCUCCAGGCGCGGGGCAUCCGGCGCGUUCAGAUCCUCAGCCUGCGGCGCAGCCUCAGCUACGUGAUCCAGGGGAUGCCCAACAUCGAGAGCUUGAAUCUGAGCGGCUGCUAUAACUUAACGGAUAACGGCCUGGGGCACGCGUUCGUGCAGGAGAUCCCUUCCCUGAGGGUGCUCAAUCUGAGCCUUUGCAAGCAGAUCACGGACUCCAGUUUGGGCAGAAUAGCGCAGUAUCUGAAAAACUUGGAGGUGCUGGAGCUGGGCGGCUGCAGUAACAUCACGAACACGGGCUUGUUGCUCAUCGCGUGGGGUUUGCACAGACUCAAAAGUCUCAACCUGAGGAGCUGCCGGCAUGUGUCGGACGUGGGCAUAGGGCACUUGGCUGGCAUGACCCGGAGCGCGGCGGAGGGCUGCCUCAGCCUGGAAUACCUGACCUUGCAGGAUUGCCAGAAGUUGACGGACUUGUCUCUCAAGCACAUCUCGAAAGGCCUGACCAAGCUCAAAGUGCUCAACCUGAGUUUCUGCGGGGGCAUCUCGGACGCCGGCAUGAUCCACCUCUCUCACAUGGCGAGCCUGUGGAGCCUUAAUCUGCGUUCGUGCGACAACAUCAGCGACACGGGCAUCAUGCACCUCGCCAUGGGCACGUUGAGACUCUCCGGACUCGACGUGUCGUUUUGCGACAAGAUAGGCGACCAGAGCCUGGCUUACAUCGCGCAGGGCCUGUACCAGCUCAAGUCGCUGUCGCUGUGCUCGUGCCACAUCAGCGACGACGGCAUCAACAGGAUGGUGCGCCAAAUGCACGAGUUGAAGACGCUUAACAUCGGCCAGUGCGUGCGGAUUACAGACAAAGGACUGGAGCUGAUCGCGGACCACUUGACGCAACUGACCGGCAUCGAUCUGUAUGGAUGUACGAAAAUCACUAAGAGGGGACUGGAGAGGAUCACGCAGCUCCCCUGCCUUAAAGUUUUGAACCUGGGCCUUUGGCAGAUGACUGAAAGUGAGAAAGUGAGGUGAAACUUGGGGGGUUUUGGAGGGAGGGAGAGGAG